UAAAUUAUGGAAAUUUUUUGGAAGACGCUGACUUGGAUACUGAGCCUGGUCUUGGCCGCUGCUGAAUCUCAGAUCUUUUCAUACAACUCUCAAGCGCAAUUCCUGUCCAUGCUGGAGCACUACCAGCUAACAGUACCGGUGCAGGUGAACGAGAAGGGCCAGUUCAUGAGUGACACUGUGAAGCAUCAUAGACCCGGUCGGCGGCGACGUGGACUGGACCACACUGAGCCGGACCACACAGAGACCAGGCUUUUCUACAAACUAUCAGCCUAUGGGAAGCACUUUCACCUGAAUCUAACGCUGAACCCCAACCUGGUUUCAAAACAUUUCACUGUAGAGUACUGGGGCAAAGAUGGACUGGACAGGCAACAUUCUGUGGUGGAUAACUGCCACUAUGUUGGAUACCUACUGGAUCAAUAUAGCACUACAAAAGUGGCAUUGAGCAACUGCAAAGGCUUGAAUGGUGUCAUUACCACAGAAGAAGAACAAUAUUUAAUUGAGCCAUUACACAAUAUAACCAGAAAUUUCAGUGAUGUCGACCACGAAGAAGGACAGCCACAUGUUAUUUAUAAAAAGUCUUCCAUUCCUUCUCCGCAAGAGCACAGCGAGGAGUUCAGCUGUGGUGUUUCAGACCUCACGAUAAACAGGACACCCCUCUACCAAACCAUUCCUGCUGCAGACUCAUUUUACCCAGCCCCAGGUGGUGACAGCUCGAUAGGUGCCCAACGACAGCGACGUUCUGUCAGCUCAGAACGCUUUGUGGAGACCUUGGUGGUGGCCGACAAAAUGAUGGUUGGCUACCAUGGUCGCAAAGACAUCGAGCACUACAUCCUGUCCGUAAUGAAUAUUGUUGCCAAACUUUACCGUGAUGCCAGUCUAGGAAACGUUGUGAACAUUAUUGUAACCAGACUGAUUAUUUUGACUGAAGAUCAGCCCAACCUGGAGAUAAACCACCAUGCAGACAAAUCUCUGGACAGCUUCUGUAAAUGGCAGAAAUCCAUUCUUUCUCAUCAGGGAGAUGGAAACAGUAUCCCAGAGAAUGGGAUAGCCCAUCAUGACAACGCUGUUCUAAUCACAAGGUAUGACAUCUGCACAUAUAAGAACAAACCCUGUGGGACCCUUGGUUUGGCGUCUGUAGCUGGAAUGUGUGAGCCGGAGAGAAGCUGUAGUAUUAAUGAAGAUAUAGGCCUGGGCUCAGCCUUUACUAUUGCACAUGAGAUCGGACAUAAUUUUGGCAUGAACCACGAUGGCAUCGGGAACUCCUGCGGGACCAAAGGUCAUGAGACAGCCAAGCUGAUGGCAGCCCAUAUCACGGCAAAUACCAACCCCUUCUCCUGGUCAGCCUGCAGCAAGGACUACAUCACCAGCUUUCUGGACUCAGGUCGGGGAACGUGUCUGGACAAUGAGCCUCUGAAACGAGACUUCCUGUACCCCACGGUGGCUCCAGGGCAGGUGUACGAUGCAGAUGAGCAGUGUCGUUUCCAGUAUGGCGCCUCCUCCCGGCAGUGCAAGUAUGGGGAAGUGUGUAGAGAGCUCUGGUGCCUUAGCAAAAGUAAUCGCUGUGUCACCAACAGUAUCCCAGCCGCAGAAGGAACCCUGUGUCAAACCAGCAGCAUUGAAAAAGGGUGGUGUUAUCAGGGUGAGUGUGUGGCAUUUGGGACCUGGCCACAAAGCGUUGACGGAAGCUGGGGACCUUGGACCUCCUGGGGCGAGUGCAGUCGGACCUGUGGUGGUGGCGUCUCCUCAUCCAUGCGACACUGUGACAGCCCAGCGCCGACAGGCGGAGGGAAGUACUGUCUCGGAGAGAGGAAACGCUACAGAUCAUGCAACACUGAUCCUUGUCCAGUGGGAUCACGUGACUUCAGGGAGAAGCAGUGCGCUGAUUUUGACAACAUGCCAUUCCGUGGGAAGUACUACAACUGGAAGCCAUACACUGGAGGUGGAGUGAAGCCCUGCGCUCUGAACUGUCUCGCCGAGGGUUACAAUUUCUACACCGAACGUUCUCCUGCUGUGAUCGACGGCACGCGCUGCCAGGCGGACUCUCUCGACAUAUGCAUCAACGGAGAGUGCAAACAUGUUGGCUGUGAUAACAUCCUGGGAUCGGAUGCAAAGGAGGACAGAUGCCGGGUGUGCGGAGGUGACGGGAGCACUUGUGAGGUCACAGAGGGCAUGUUCAAUGACUCACUGCCUAGAGGAGGUUACAUGGAGGUCAUCCAGAUCCCGAAGGGAUCCGUUCAUAUUGAAAUCAGGGAAAUGAUUGUGUCAAAGAACUACAUCGCUUUGAAAUCAGAGGGAGAUGACUAUUACAUCAACGGAGCCUGGACUAUUGACUGGCCUCGCAAAUUUGACAUAGCAGGAACAGCGUUUCACUACAAGAGGCCCACGGAUGAGCCUGAGUCGCUAGAGGCUCUUGGAGCCACGACAGAAAUUUUGUUAGUUAUGGUGCUACUACAGGAACAGAAUCUGGGCAUCCACUACAAGUUCAAUGUGCCCAUCCAGCGCACUGGAAGUGGAGACAAUGAAGUGGGCUUCUCCUGGCACCAUCUGCCCUGGUCUGAGUGCUCGGCUACAUGUGCGGGAGGCUUGCAGAAGCAGGAGGUGGUUUGUAAAAGGCUGGAUGAUAAUUCGGUGGUCCAAAACAGCUACUGCGACCCGGACAGUAAACCACCUGAGAAUCAACGACCCUGCAACACAGAGCCAUGUCCUCCUGAGUGGUUUAUUGGUGGCUGGUCAGAAUGUGGAAAAACUUGUGAUGGAGGCAUCCGUACACGCACCGUUUUGUGUAUACGGAAAAUCGGACCAGCUGAGGAGGAGACUUUGGAGGACAACCACUGUCUGACCCAUCGACCAAUAGAACAAGAGUCUUGUAAUAACCAGUCCUGCCCACCUCAGUGGGUCACUCUGGAUUGGUCUGAGUGUACGCCAAAGUGUGGCCCUGGCUUCAAACACCGCAUCGUUCUGUGUAAAAGUAGCGACCUGACCAAAACCUUUCCACCUGUCCUUUGUUCUGACCACAACAAACCUCCUGUCCGAAUUCGCUGCAGCCUCGGUCGCUGUCCACCCCCACGCUGGAUCCCUGGAGAAUGGGGACAGUGCUCUGCACAGUGUGGACUGGGACAACAGAUGCGGACAGUUCAGUGUCUGUCGUAUACCGGACAGCCCUCCAGCGAGUGCCCUGAUUCACUGCGACCCAAUACCAUGCAGCAGUGUGAAAGCAAGUGUGACGCUACACCCAUCUCAGGUGGUGACGAGUGCAAAGACGUAAACAAGGUGGCAUAUUGCCCAUUGGUGCUGAAGUUCAAGUUCUGCAACCGCGCGUACUUCAGGCAGAUGUGCUGCAAGACGUGCCAAGGACACUGAACCUGAGGAGUGAAGCAGUGACAGAUGCCGAAAAAAAGGAAGGAGAGAGAGAACCGGGCAGAGAGAAAAGCAAAACCAACAUUGUUGGAGUCAGCGCUGGGCACUCUCUCUUUCUCUUGCUCUUUCCACUCAUACACAUACAUCAAAAUACAACUGCUUUUGUACCCCUGUGGAACCCUAACCACUACUCAGCACUGCGCUGACACCUUUGUUUUAUUUUCACUUCUGUGAAGUGGGAAUGUAUAAAAUAAUCAUUAUUGUUGUUAUUUUUAUAAUAAUAAUAACAAUUGCUAUCGGUUAUUAUUAUUAUUAUCAUUGUCUUUCUGUUGUUAUAAUCCAAAGUGCUGGACACAUCAAUCGCAGAGGUAGCAAGGCAGAGGUUUACUUCAAGGCACCCAAUUUACAGAGAAUCUGGUUGGUUUUUCCCUGGGUCUCACGUACACACUCCUCCCACAGACCUGUUGGCAACACUGCAUUAGGGGGCGUUCACACCGACAGUGACUUGGAGCAAAAAAGCAACCAGAAGUCAUUGGUUUUCAAUGUGUGUCAGUGAUUUGAGGCAACUGAGACACAACAAAGUUGGUAGAAAGCCAAAGUUGAGCACAGCUAAUUUGGCAACGACUACCAAUAGGAUGUAGACAGUUGUGAUCUGCUGCUUCAUUCCUGUCCUCAGCUGACAUCCUUCAUAUAUUCCAUAACUGAUUGUGUCAUGUAUAAAUGGACUGAGGAAGAAUUUAUGUUGACUACGCAAAAACCCAUUGCAGCUCAAUUAUAACUGUGCAUGUAAAUGUAGUGUGAACGCCCCUUUAGUGUGUAAAUAUUGGCACAUAUUUUUUACCCAAAUUAUUAUUUUCUUUCCACACAAUCGAGGAAAUAACAAGUAUGAAAUGUAUACACUUACAAUUUCAAACAGUAUACAGGUCCAACAAAAAAAGCAUGUGAACUCUUUGGAAUUAGCUGGUUUUCUGCAUUAAUUGCUCAUAAAAUGUGAUCUCAUUUUCAUAGUAUAGACAGAGCACAAUGUGCUUACCCCAACAACACAUACAAAAUUAUAAUCAUUCUUGUCUUUAUUGAAUACACCUCAUUAAACAUUCACAGUGCUGUGGAAAAAGUAAGUGAACCCUUGGAUUUAAUAACUGGUCAAUCCUCCUUUGGCAGCAAUAACCUCAACCAAGCGUUUCCGGUAGCUGCAGAUUAGACCUGCACAAUGUUCAGGAUUCAAGGAAUUUUGGACCAUUCUCACUUACAGAACUACUUAAGCUCAGCCAUAAUCUUAGGAUAUCUGGUGUGAAAGGCUCUCUUGAGGUCAUUCCACUGCAUAUCUAUUGGGUUAAGGUCUUGGAUCUGACUGGGCCACUGCAAAAGUUGGAUUUUCUUUUUUUUUUUUUUAAGCCAUUCUGCAGUGAGUUUACUUCGAUGAUUAGGUUUAGUGUCCUACUUCAUCACCCAACUCCUACUGAUCUUCAAUAGCCACACAGUAACCCCGACAUUAUCUUGUAGGAUAUCUUGGGAAAAAAACCUUGAAAAUGUAUUUAUCACUCGAUAAUGAUAAGCGGUCCAGACACAAAGUAGCCCCAAAUCAUGAUGCUCCCUCCAUCUUACUUCACCGAUGGGAUGAGGUUUCCUUGUUGGUAUGUGGUGCGAGUUCUUCCCAAACAAUUCAAUCUUAGUUUCAUCAUUCCACAAAACAUUUUCCCAGUAGUGUUGUGGUGUGUCAAGGUGGUCUUUGGCAAACUUCAGGCACGCAGCAAUGUUUUUGUUGGAAAGCAGUGGCUUCCUUAGUGUUGUCCUGCCACGGACACUAUGCCUGUGUAAUGUUUUCCGUGUAGUAGACUCGUGAAAAAAGAUGUUAACCAGUUCCAAUGAUUGCUUCAAGUUUUUAGCUGUCACUCUAGGGUUCUUUUUUUUUUUUUUUUUUACCUCAUUGAGCAUUCUGCAGUGUGCUUUUUGAAUCAUCUUGCCUGGAUGGCCACUUCUAGGGAGAGUAGCCACAGUACUAAAUCAUCUCCAUUUAUAGACAAUUUGUCUAACUUUGGAAAGAUGAAUAUAUAAGCUCUUCAAAAUAACUUUGUUACCCUUUCCAGCUUUAUGCAAAGCAACAAUACUUGAUCAUAGGCCUUCUGAGAUCUCUUUUUUUCUGAGGCAUGGUCCACAUUAGCAGAUGCUUCUUGUGAAUAGCAAAUUCAAAAUGUUUGAGUGCUUUUUACAAGUCAAAGUAGCUCUAACACACACCUCCAAUCUUGUUCCAUUAAUUGGAUGCCAGGUUUGCCAAAUCCAGACUCUAGCUUUUUUUGUUGUCUUUAGCCUAGGGGUUCACUUACAUUUUCCAUAGAACUGUGAAUGUUUAAUGGGGUUUGUGUGUUGUUAGCUUUAGGACAUUGUUAUUUGUCUAUACUUGUAACUUUAAUGAGAUGAGAUCACAUGUUAUGAACAAUUCAUGCAGAAAACCAGCUAAUUCCAAGGGGUUCACAUACUUUUUCUUGCUACUGUAGAUGUUAGCACGAGAGUUGUUUCUCUUGGUAAGUGGAAGGAUAUAUGAGAUGUGCAUGCAGUUUUAUUGCAAACAAAAACUUGGAAUUUCCAUGUGGGUCUUUGACAUUUAAACUGAUUCAUUUGGCUCAUGCUUUUCGGUGCAUUCAAGGUUUACAUUUUAUUGUGAGUUCCCUGGAAUUUAACCUAUGGCCUUAGUGUUGGUAGCACUUUGCUCCAUCAGUUGAGCUACAUUGACUUCUGAACCUGACAGCCCUAGCUGCCACUCUUUUGAUAAUUAUUUUCCAAUGAAAUACGGGCAGAAGAAAAACAGGGUAGUAAGAAUGAUCUUUGUGGUGCUAAAAUCUCAAUUGGAGCUUGAGUGUCCAGAUGUUCAGUUGUAGCCACCUGUUUUACUAAGCUGAAUCACAUGGCCACAGGCCAAAUAAUUCCUCUGUUGUCUGACAUUAGAACAAGGCUGGAAAAUCAGAUCAGCUGACGCCUCCAAUAGGGAUGUCUCAAGUAUUGUGUCUCUAGAAUUAUUGUGGACACCAGAGACAGGCAUUAAUUGCGACUCUGACAUGAUUCUGCUAUUAAUUGUGCACUUCUGUCAUCUGUAUGUCUGUUCCGGGGCCCGGCGUGUUCCAGACGCAAUAAUUUUAAUGUAAAAUGCAUGCUGCAGCCACGCUCCACCACAUUAUCAGCAAUAUAUGCAGACAAUUCAUCUCAAGGUCUGCAAUGCUGAUCCAUUAGUAAAGUUAAGUGAAGGGCCAGUGCCUGGUAAACUGCCAGACCCCACGGAUCCAGUCUGUCAUUGACUACCUCCAGAAAACCCCCUCUUCCUCCUUCCCUGAGAUCACACUGCUUCCAGCCCACAUUCUUAAAGAGAUAAGACCUCAAACCCUCCAAACUCAAUGGUGCUUGUCUUCCUGCAGUGAAGGACUGUUUCUUCCACUGCCUUCCUUCCUCUCAGCUUUUGAGCGGCCAGCUCAUCUGGCUUUUUGGUGCUACGAGACCUUGAUGCACUCUGGGUUUUAGGCCUAAGUAACUGACUGAAAAUCAAGGACAGUUUAGGUACAGUAUGUUCCAAAAUCUAGCGAGCCGCCUACCUAGACAGAAUUUCCAAGACCUCAUAGGCCACGUCCACACUUAUCUGUUUAAGUUUGAAACUUCAAUUUUCAGUUUUCCAACAUCAUCAUUUUCCAAAUAAUGCAGUGGAGGAAAACUCAAAAUUCAUAUUAGUUUGGAUGCUCCCGCUCUCAACUCAAAGAUUGUUCCAAAUGGUCGAUUCUGGCCAAAUUUGAACCCUCAGAGCCCCAGCAUUGCAGAAUUGCAACGUUUAUUUAAAGCAAUCGUUAAAUUAGUUACUGGUAUUGGUAAUAAUUGGUAUUAAAGGAAUAGUUCACCCAAAAUGUAUAAUUCUCUACGUAAUCAUUUACUCAUCCUCAUGCCUUCUCAAACUCAUAAGACUUUCUUUCUUGUGCGGAACACAAACAAAGAUAUUUUGAAGGAUGCAUGAUGUGUUUUGUCCAUAAAAUGUCAUACAAGUCAAUGGGUUCCAAAAAUGUCAAGCUCCAAAUAGGAAUUAAAUGCAGCAUAAAAGUAAUCCAUACAACUCAAAUGCUUUAAUCCAUGUCUUCUGAAGCGACACUUACAUUUUUGUCUGUUUCUCACACAAAUGAUAAGUCUUUAUUCACUAUAAAUCUUGACAUCCUUCCUAAUUGGAGCACAGUGCUGGCUUCAAAACGGGGAUUCUUUGAAAAACCGUAGUACAUAAAAAACAAAAGUAAACAAACAACUCAUAUUUAAAAUAGCCCAACUGUGCAUGGUUUGUGUACAGCUUUCUAUGCAUGUCUGAGCAAGUGUAAAAAGGAAGCACCAAGGAGACUGCGGAUGUCAAGAUUUAUAGUGAAUAAGGAUUGAACUUUUAGCCUGUUUCUCACCCAAAACCUACUGUAUCACUUCAGAAGACAUGGAUUAAACCGCUCAAGUCGUAUGGGUUAUUGCUGGAGAGUUUUGGACCCCAUUGACUUACACUGAAGAGACAAAAAUUCAUCAUAUCUCAUUCAAAAUAUCUUUGUGUUCCACUGAAGAAACUAAUAUGAGUUUGGGAUGGCAUGAGGGUGCGAGAAUAAUGUUUGUGUGAACCAUCUCUUAAAUAAUCUAUUAAAUCACAACAAACUGUUAAAAAAAUAAAACAUACUGUAACAACAGUAGUGGACACUGUGAACUUACAUAUCAUAGCAUGCUUAGAUUACAUACAAUUCAUGCAAAGAAAAGUAUGCUCAAGGGCUUUCAAGGGGGGGAAAAACCCCAUCAUCAAUAUCAAUGCUUGGGUCUCUGAAUGUUUAGGCAGCAUUGAGAUUCAGAAAUAUCCUUCAGCAAUGUUGAUUGUAAAUAUGCCAAUAAUAAAGUUCAAUCAAAAAGUUCAAAAAUGUACUAUUUUAAUCAAUAUUUGUGUUACAGUAUUGUAUCGUUAGCUUAGCAACAUGCUAACAUCAGUUGCUGGGUCGCCCAUGAAAGCGCUAUUUGCUGCAUAUGUGAAACGGUCCAAAUCAGUCACUCAAGAGAUUCCAUUUCGCUCACUAAGUUUUGGAACAGAGUCUUCCUUUCUUCCACUGGUUUAAGUUGGCUCUUUUGUAAACAUUCCACCAAUUAUCUUUCACCAUGACUGGGUGACUUUGGUGCUGUCUUAACAAAGGGAACUUCAAAUUAUAGGGCAUUGGGUGUCAAUAUUACAUGUCAUUUCAGUUAUGGGACACAACAAACAGAGGAAUUUAGGAGACACAUGUUACCAUUUUUAAUCAUAUACAACCAUUCUACUUUUGCUGCUGCUACUUUUUUGUAGCCACAAACAUGACAUUAAUCAAUGAUGUAUUGUUAUGAAAUGUUUAAACUGAGAUUAUUCAACAGUGAACAGCAGAACUGUAGGCCCAACGUGCUGAGCAUCCUGAAAUGGUGCUUUGUAAAAUCCUAAGGCUUGAUGUACAAGUUUACUGGCUUUGGGACAUGGAGGCAAGAGACUCUCAAUAGACUCAAUGGAACUGGUACUCAUCGCUGUGAACUUGUGUCUUUGAAUGUCACAUCGUUUAACCUGUACCUAUAGAAGAGAGUUUUGCAUUUUUGUGAAUAGUUGCUUAUAUUUUAUGUUCAGUAUUAAUGUUGGUACACUGUUACAAUUUUCUUUUUUUUUCAUUUGUAAAUUAUAUGCUAAUUUAUUGCCAUGUGUCACUUGUCUUAUGUACGUUUCACUGCAUGCAAACUGAAAUCUAGUCUAGUUAAAAUGAUGCAGUGAAAGAACACCCUUCACGGUCUUGUUUUAGUUUCUGUAAAAAUGUGAGUUUGAAUGUGUCUUGCUAUUAGAGCGCUCUUUAAACUAUGUCAGAACGCUUUUGUGUGAGCGUGCGUUUGAGUGUGCGUAUGUCGGUAUGGUAUUACUGCACUGUUCUCGAGCGCCAGUGCUCACGAAAAAUAACAAUCAUUUUAAAUAGUGUUAAAUGGUAAGGAAAAAAGAUAUUCCCAUAAUAACUUUAAAAUUCUGAGUCCUUUUGUCUUGUACCAUUGCUGAAUCCUACGAUAUUCAAUGGAUCCUGAAUAAAACGACUUUAAAAGAUUUGCAUUUGCUUACGACGUUCUUUUAUGCUUUCCCAUAAAUGUUACUGCCUUGGAAUAAGAGGUUAAGUCAUUAAGGGACAUUUUUUAUCUAAAUAUUAGUAUUCUGACUUUUCAGUGGAACAUAAAGUGCAGAAUGUUCAGA